AUGGCCGAAUUGAUACCUCGAAUUCUUAUAGAAAGACUGUCUUUCUUGAACCUUACAGAAGAGUCUUUGGAACAAGAGAUUGCUAGUACUGAAAAUGCUGUAAUGGAAGACGUAAAAACAAAUGAAGAAGAAAUUAAAGACAAAGAUAUUGAAAAUGAAGAGGCUUUACUUCAUUCUGAUAGUACCGAUGAUCUAAUUGACACCAAAAAUACAUUUGAAAACUUUCAAAAGCAGAAGUUUGAAUUGUCAAAAUAUAUUAAUUCUGCUUUGAAUGAAACAUCACUAUCACUAGAUUUUGUCUCACUAUUACUUUCUACGGUUAAACCUAAUAUCGGCAAAUCUACAAUGUCUCCUCAUCUAUCAAAAAGUGUUCCUAUCGGAUCUUUAAAUUCAGAUAGGUUGUCAAAUAAUACAACUACGUCAAAAUAUGAAAAUGCUGCUAUAAUUGGUCAAGGCUGGAAAUUAGAAUCAUUGAACAAGAUUACAAAUUCUUUCAAAAACGCAAGCUUACGAUUAAACGAGCAGGUUCUCAAAGAGAAAAGAUAUUGGGAUAUGAUUAAUUUGGUUCUUGAAAAUCAUGAAAUCUUGUACAAAACAAGAGACCCGGCCAAUGGAUCAAGAGCAAUAGGAGUCAGGUAUGGCUACGGGGACUCAGGCUCGAGUUAUCAUGAUAGAGGACUUGCCAUUUUAAGAAAAGAUAACCAAACUGGUGAAAUAUCAUUUAAUCCAGUUUCUAGCACUAAUAAAAUCACUAACAAAGUUUACAAGUACAUAAGAGUCAAAAUUCUCAGCAAAAUUGAUGAUGACUAUAUGCUCACUGGUCAAUCCAUAUUUGAGAAUAAUUUCAUUAAUACUAGCAAGUAUGGAAUAAUUAAUGAUAUUGAAAAAGGCAGGUUUUUCUUAUUUGAGGAGGAUCUAUUUUAUCAAUUAACAAGAGAAGCUAAGUACUUAAUUAAUUUUAAUGUGCUGAUUAUAGCUAAUAAGAUCAUUAUCGAAAUAAAUAAUGAGAUUAUCGAGAUAGAAUCUAUAAUGUAUGAUGAAAAUAAUGAAGAUGAUUUAAAUAAUUACUAUCAAAAUAUCAACCAGUUAUCAUCAAUCAACAAUAAAAAAGCUCAAUCAAUACUAACGCACUUAAAAUUAAUGUUAUGUUGCUUUUACAAAUAUAAUUUAAAAUUAAAGCAGAAGAUUCCCACUGCUAUUACAAAAUGGAAACAAAACAAUUCACAUCCAUUAAUAUUGAGGCCAUUACUAGGCCAUAUUAGGCACGAGAUAAAUGUACAGAAUAUGUUGAAUAUUUUAAAGUCUCACCUGAACGAAUUUAAAGAUAAAGCAAAGCUCACUAUUGAUUAUGAAAAAUAUGUCAACUUGAAAAAGACUCAUGACAAAAUAGUAAAUCCAUUUAUCAAAUCAAUUGAAAAACCAUUGUCAUCUUUUGAAGUUACCGUCAAUAACUUGAAAGAUGGUCAAGUAUUGAAAAUCUAUAUUGAUAUUACUUCCACUGAAGUAUUCUGUACGUUGAUUGUUAAUUUGAAUAUUAUUAAGUUUGAAAGUUCUGAAAAAAUAAGUGAUAAUCAGCAAGGUGUUAACGUCUUACUGAUUAAUUUUAAUGACUUAGGUGAUUUUGAAGAGUGUUUGAAUUGGACAAUUUUAAAUUUUAUUAAUGAAUAG